GUAAGGUUAUUAAUAUUUUGGUUUUUGCUCAGCUGCUUUAAAUAUUUGACAGAUAGAAAAUUAUCUCAAAUCAUAUCUGCUGGAAAGAAGCAAAACAGAAGAGUUGUGAAAAGCACACAGUACAGAGGUAUACCAGAACAAUGACGUUAGAGAUUGCUAAGGCUGGAUGGCUGUAUCGUCAAAGUACUAUACUUCGUCGAUGGAAGAAGACAUGGUUUGUGUUAUACCAAGAUGGUGACCUUCGAUACUUCGAGAGUCCCAACAGUCACGAACCUGAGGCUCGGAUCGUAGUUAGAGCUGUGUGCAGUGCCAUACAGGCGGGGCAGAUGUGUGAGAUCUCAGCUCCCGAGGGUAAAACUAAGGACUGUCUGAUCACCUUGAUUCUCCGGGAUGGGGAACUCCGGCUCUGUGCUGAGGACCCAGAUGACAUGAGGGCAUGGCAGAUAGCUUUGGAGGAGGCAAGAGUUCUCCCCCCUGGAUCAGCAGUGCAUGCCUUGCCCCCUCCCUAUACAGCAGGACAUCCUAUGUACACGACAAACCUAGCCACAGAUCUGCGCUCCUACCCCUACCAGGUUCCUGGUGCCAACAGUGUGAUGUAUCCACGGCAACAGGUCCAAUAUUAUUACCCUGGACAGGUGUUGUCUACAAAUCCUUACACUACAGUAAUGGCUCCGCCUGCUGGUCAACAUGGGAACAACAUUGUCUAUGUGAACCAAUUACAACAAGAUCAGUACCUGUACGGCCGCCGACGCUACGAUGGCGGUGACCUGGCUAUGGGCAUGGUGGCUGGGGCUGCAUUAGGGUCCAUGAUGUGGGGCCCAGUCCUGUACUGGUGAGGGGAGACAACUGACAGGUUCAGAAGCAACAAAGCCUGGGUCAUGAUCAGCUCUUUGCAAAUUUAUGAACUCGAUCAAUUUCAUGGCAGAAACCAUUACAUCUAUUUAAAAAUGUAAUUAAACAAGUCUUGAUGCAAGUUAUUGAAUUCAAUGUCAUGGCAGAGAAGCAUUUCAUAUAUAUAUAUAUAUGAACAAACCUUAAUGCAAAUAAUUGAAAUCAAUUACAUUGCCAAAAAAAAUCAUACUUUGUGCAAAAAUUAAACAAAAGCACAUCUUUUGUUUUAUAAGCCCACAAUUUUAGGCCAAACAAAUCAUUUGCAGUUCCACUAACAUCCUCAGAAAAAUAGCCUAGGUACAUAGGCAUUUUUAUUUUUAUUUUAGAAAAUAUUUUAUCUUUGCUUAUAUAGAGCAGGAGUUCUGACUUAACAGUGCUUAUCACUACAUGCCAAUACAAACUUUAGGGUAGGCACACAAAUCUAGGGUAGGUAGGGUUUAGCGGAAACACAAGAUUUUUUUAUUUGGCCUAAUGGUGGGGCAGUGACGGAUCCAGAGGGGAUUUUUGGGCUUCAGGAAACCUCCCACCCUGAGAAUUUUCUUUAAAAAUCAUUUAUUUUCACCAUUUUCCUCAAUUUUUUCCCCACAUGGAACCCCCCCCCAGGAAAUUUGGAAGCAUCACGUCAUUAGAAAAUGGUGUCCAUUAGUAAUUCCUACUUAUUUUUUUGAUGCAGUAUUAUUUUUAUUGGACUUAAAAUGAAAUAAUUAGGAAAAUACAUGUUUUUCCCCCUGAAAGCCAAAUAAUAUUAUAUUACCCUGUAUACAUAUGUGUUUCUCUAUUAUGGCAGGAUACACCAAUAUUUUCACAUUAGCUUUCACAUUGUGAAAAAAAUAUUAGUAUUCCGUCAUAUUCAUGAAAUAUAUUUGGCAUUUAAUGGUAAAGCAUUAAAUAUCCUGAGGAUGCAUCUGGUAUAAAAAGGUUUUGAAUGACUGUAUGAGUAGAUUGAUAUAGAAAUUAUCAUACAGACUGUUUUACGAGGUUUAAACUUUAAAGAGUGUCUAAUCUACAAAAAAAAAACUUUUACGACAUGCAAAAGUUUAAAAAUAAAAUUUUGUUUAACCCUUUCACCCCUAGGUAAC